UGCGUUUCUGGUGCGUUAUUCCGCUUUCAGAGCGAUAUCAAGAUGCAGGUAGUGCUCUUACUAACCUUCGUCAGCGCCGCCCUUGCCACGUCUCCUCAAGAGACGGCCUCUGGCAGUAAUGGAGCCAACCCGCUCUGGGCGAAUGAGCAACUGCUUGGGAAAUAUCAAGAUGCCUGGAAAAGCAUCGAUCAGGGUGAAUCGGUGACUUACGUCCUCGCAAAGACAACGUACGAAAAUGACACAGGAUCAUGGGGAGCCCAGUUUAAGUGCCUGCAGGUGCAAGAAACCGAAAGAAAUGAUACAGAAUAUACUGUUAAAUCUGUUUUCACGUUCAGAAACGCUUCUUCUAUAACACAGUAUCACAAGGUGACAGAAACAGUAAAGGCCGUUUUUCAAUAUGGCUACAAAAGAACAAGGAAUGCCAUUGAGUACCAAGUGGGCGAUGGAACUAACAUGACCGACCCGCUCAUUUUCACUGAUGGAAAGUUAUGUGAUGUCUUCUAUGUGCCUUAUGCAAACCAAGGCUGUGAGCUCUGGGUCAAGAAGAGUCACUACAAACAGAUACCAGACUGCUGCAUGUUCGUGUUCAAUGCUUUCUGUGCGCAAGGCAAAGAAACCUACGAUAAAUAUACUGAAGACGAAUGUGAAUAUAUCAGCGACAGCGGAUUUUAAAGGCACCCCCUCAAUAGAACACUUUUUUUGUAGAUUGUAUUAUGAAGAACUUAAUAAUAAAAACAGUGUAGAGUGCA